GCCUGUUUGAAGCCCAUCCAGGUUGAUGUGUGGAUGUGAAACUUACCAAGAACAAACGUACAUUCACUUCCAAUGAUUUUGCUUUCAUUUCACGGGCCCCUUAAUUUCCGGUCGGUCUCAGACGUUGAUUGGUACAGCUGGAGGAGGAGGCGGGACUUCUGGUUGGUACAGUAGCAGAAUUGGCCAACCGCCAGCGUGCAUCACAGUCCAGGCCACAGAGUCUGCAGCUGCAAAAAUGUCCAUAUUGUGUCUGCAUUCACAACUACAGCUUUUAGUAACUCUUUAGCUGCACUCUUUAAGGGAAAACAACCUUUUAGCAGUUGCUGCUAUUGCUAUUGCUUGCUGCAACAUAAGGAGAAGGAGCUCUAAUGUGACAGCUGACAGACUGAAAGGGAAUGGCAGGAGAAACCAUGGGGUCUGAGUAGACUGGCUGUGCGUUGGAGGUUCACAGUAUGGAAACAAUGUCGUACAGUAACAGAGAGCUGGUGGAGUUCUUUAUAGGCUACAAGCUGUCUCAGAGAAACUAUUCAACCUCUCUGCUGAGGCCAGAGGAUGCUGGCGGAAGGACUGAAGGAGACAAGGCCAACUCAGCUGGCAGUAACGGCCUGCUGGUCAACAGCAGAAAUGGGGGCGGCCAGCCAGGGAUGUCGUUGCCCCCACGUGGUGACAUAGAGGCUGUAAAGGCAGCUCUUCGGGACUCAGCAAAUGAGUUUGAACUGCUCUUCACACAAGCGUUUAGUAACCUUUCCUCGCAGCUAGACAUCACUCCUGACACAGCCUACCACAGCUUUAAGAGCGUGAUGGACGAGGUGUUCAAGGAUGGAAUCAACUGGGGUCGUGUAGUGGGCCUGUUUGCCUUUGGCGGCGUGCUGUGUGUGGAAUGUGUAGAGAAGGAUAUGACCGAACUGGUUUCCCGCAUCGCAGACUGGAUGACCAUGUACCUGGAUGAGCACAUCAGUCCAUGGAUCCAGAGCCAAGGAGGAUGGGUGAGUUGGCAUGGGAUGAGCUCAACGUGCAGCUUUGUUCAUGGAGUUGGGUCAGUACUUGGUAUGGGCAGAUAUCCUAAAUUGAGGAAUUUGAAUUAUCUGGAGUGAAAGAAGUUGGAUCAACUAUGUCACACAAUUUAAACACUGAAUACACUGAAAAUCUUCCUUUUUAGGUAUCCGAUACUCACUGCCUGUAGCUUGAUUUUAUAUACAUACUUUAAUAUUUAAAGUAAGUGCAGAUAUAUUUAAAGGUUAGUACAAGUGCCUUAUGUACUAGAUGCUCUGAACACAAACAUGCACACAUGCAACAUGAUUAUCUGAUAUUAGAGCUGGGUUAAAAUAAUCGCUUGUCCAAUUAAAAUCAAUCUUUGUUUGAGGGAUCUGAUAUUGAUUGAUAUAAUCCCGAAAUUGAUCUUUUAAUAUAUGCCUUUUCACCAUGGAUGUAUGAGGGCAUCACAUGAUGGGCCGGGAGUUUCCGUUUGACUGUUUAGCCACUAUCUUCGAUUUCCUUCAAAUUUGAGGGUUGCUUCUUGCUUGUACAAUUUACAGCAUACGUUCUCUAAGAAUUGCUUUUAUAUCCAAGUAAAAUUGUUUUUAUAACUGAACUUUCCCUAACCUAAUUGGAAUGGAGUCCAGACCUUGUGAUUCAGAAUCGAUUCCAGAAAUUAUUGGUGAUACCCAGCCCUAUCUGAUAUAUUGUAGUUUUAUAGGUAACCAAUUUCAUAUUUGAAAGAUUUUUUAUUUUUUUUUAAGAAUGCCCAUACAUACAUAUUUGUGCAGAGCUGCAAAAGUGCCAAUAUUAUAGGGCACAGCUGUAGUUUUUCGGUGGAGUAUUCCUUUAAUGUGGAUAGAAAGAAAAUUAGACAUUGUCCAAUAACAACAAUUCUCUUUUUUUUCUGUCUGAAUCAAUUUGAUCUGAAUCUGA